AAAUGUAAACAAAAACAAGAUAAGACUUUCCUUAGUUUGAGUUCAGAAGAUAAAUUAUCAUUAUUGAAAUAAUUUAACAAAGAUCUGACUAGAUUUAACCAAUAUAAACCAAUUGUCGAGAAUGAAUAACUUUUCAAUUAACCAAAUGACUUGGAAUAGGAGAUAUGGAGAUGAAGAUGACCAAAGAGGCUUCGACAGAAGUUUACGUCAACGUGUUUUGCAACGCAGCAUGGAAAAUAUCAACAUGUCAGACCAGAAGCCAGCUACAGCUGACCCAAAUCAAGUCAAUAUGCAGAUGCAAUAUGGACAGCCACAAGGAUAUGGAAUGCAGCAAAUGCCGGGAGGCCCUCCACCUGGAUAUGCACAGCCAGGUUAUGGGGCCCCUCCACAGCAAGGAUAUGGAGCACCUCCACAGCAAGGGUAUGGACCCCCUCAACAGGGAUAUGGAGCUCCUCCACAAGGAUAUGCUCCAGGCUUUGGACCUCCUCCAGGUAUGCCUCCUCAGCAACAGUGGGCAGCCAGACCUGAUGCUAUCCCAGGAUGUCCUCCAGGUUUGGAAUAUCUGACCACAUUAGAUCAGAUGCUAGUCAAACAACAGAUUGAACUUAUGGAAUUAAUCACAGGCUGGGAGACCUCCAACAGAUACAAAGUGUUGAAUAGUAUGGGACAACAGAUUUACUUUGCAGCAGAAGAAUCUGAUAUGUGUAUGAGACAGUGUUGUGGUCCACAGAGGGGUUUUACAAUACACAUUACAGAUAAUUUAGGACAGGAAUUGAUCCAGGUAAAACGAGAAUUUAAAUGUUGUGCAGGAUGUUGCUGGUGUGCUAGCUCUGAUUCUAUUGCACAUGAAAUAUCGAUAGAGGCGCCACCUGGACAAGUAGUGGGUUAUGUCAGACAAGAGCAGAGUUGCUGGGAACCAAACUACACCAUCAGAGAUGCUAACCAUCAACCUAUUCUCAGAAUGAAAGGACCAUGCUGUAUCAUACAGGGGCCAUGUUGUCCUCAGGACCAAGAGUUUAUAAUCUCAUCAGAAGAUGAGGCCCAUGAGGUCGGUAAGAUCAGUAAACAGUGGACUGGACUAUUGAGAGAGGCCUUUACAGACGCUGACAACUUUGGAGUAUCUUUUCCUAAGGAUCUGGAUGUUAAAGUCAAAGCUACACUUUUAGGAGCAGUUUUCUUAAUUGAUUUCAUGUUCUUUGAACAACAACAGAACAAUAACAAUAGAUAAAAACCUCCAGUGAAGAAGUGACGAAAAACCAUACAGGAGAAUAUUCCCUGUGCUUUACUUUGGACCAAUCAUUUUAUAUUUAAAAAAUAAUCUAACAAAAAACUUUUAAUUUAAGCUAGUUGCUUUUUAGUUUGAGUUUCUAAAAUAUCUUGGAAAUGCUUUACACAAUUUUAAUGUGUUGUUAGAGUGAAGUAUAUCUUGUAUUUUAAUUGGAUAAUACCUGAUUAAAUCUAAAUUAAUUUAAGCCAAUCAGGAACAAGACAGAAAAGAUUCAUUGUAAUGCAAAAUUUUAGGAAACUCUCAAUUGAAUAAGAAAUUGAUCUUAGAAAUUUCAUGAAACUUUGUACAAAGUUUACGGCAU